UCCCAGUGCCAGGAAGCCACGCAACCCGGUCUUCUGCCGCGGACGAAGCUCACCGUUUGAACACGUCUCUCUCUCUCUCUCUCUCUCCACCUACUGCUGCUCGGACCCUGAGGUGCUGGCUACUACUGCGCCGCGCAUCACCACCGAGAAGACGAGAGCCCAAGCAUGGCGGGAUUAGCGUCCCUCAACACCAUCUCCCUCUCCGCGCCGUCGUCGCCGCCGGCCCCGGGGGGGUCCGCUGGCGGUGGUCGCCGCCUUGUCACGGCGGCGGCGGUCUCCGCCGCCUUCGCGAGGACCCGGCUGCGCUCCCCGUCGCUGCGCGCUGCGCCUGCGCCUGCGCGUCGCGUCGCGGCGCGGGCGGCCGCCCUGGACGACGAGUGGGGGAACGAGCCAGGGGAAAGAGGGUCGUCGGCGGCGGCGGUGGCGGAGGACGCUCCGCCGGCGGCGAGCGAGCUGGCGGCGCUCAAGGAGAAGCUCAGGGCGGCGCUGUACGGGACGGAGCGCGGCCUGCGCGCGUCGAGCGAGACGCGGGCGGAGGUGGUCGAGAUCCUCUCGCAGCUCGAGGCGCGCAACCCCACGCCAGCGCCCACGGAGGCGCUCCCACUCCUCAACGGCAAGUGGAUCCUCGCAUACACAUCAUUUUCGCAAUUGUUCCCACUUUUGGGUUCUGGAAGGCUACCAGCACUUGUCACGGUGGACGAAAUAUCACAGACUAUCGAUUCUGAGAACUUCACAGUGCAGAACUGCAUCAAGUUUUCAGGACCUUUGGCAACAACUUCAGUGUCCACUAAUGCGAGGUUUGAGAUUAGGAGCCCCAAACGUGUACAGAUCAAAUUUGAUGAAGGCAUCAUUGGCACUCCACAGUUGACUGAUUCAAUUGUACUACCAGAGAAGUUUGAAUUCUUUGGACAGAACAUUGAUUUGAGCCCAUUGAGCGGCAUAUUCACUUCCAUCGAAAACGCGGCAUCCUCUGUGGCCAAGACCAUCUCAGGUCAGCCCCCACUGAAGGUACCAAUCAGGAGUGAUAAUGCCCGGUCCUGGCUGCUCACAACCUACCUCGACGAUGAACUGAGAAUAUCCAGAGGAGAUGGUAGCAGCAUCUUCGUGCUGUUCAAGGAAGGAAGCGGUCUUCUAAUUUAGGACGAGGGUAUCAAUUCUCGGAGUAGAAUUUGGUAUCCAAGGAAGAAUGUAGUAGGUAGCUGUGCCUAUAGACUGUUCUUGUGGGUGUUGUGCAUGUAAUGUGUUUGUGUUCCUGAGCUACCUUAUGCCUUGUGUUGAAGCUUAAUUACUCGUACACUAUUCCCUAAAAAAAAUUACUUGUAUACUACCGGUGUUUACUAGUGGAAAUGCCCGUGCGUUGCCACGAACCACGAA